AUGGAAUCAGCAGAUCAGGCAAUAGCUGAGCUCAACGGGACCAAGGUAGAAUCUGUGCAACUCAAGGAGGAUGAGGUGGUUCUCCAGUGUGUUGCUAACAUCCACAAGGAGCAAAGAAAGUUCUGCUUAGCAGCAGAGGGACUUGGGAAUCGCCUGUGUUUCUUGGAGCCAACUUCUGAAGCUAAAUAUGUUCCUCCAGAUCUCUGUGUCUGCAAUUUUGUAUUGGAACAAUCUCUCUCUGUAAGAGCUCUACAGGAAAUGCUUGCUAACACAGGUGAAAAUGCCAGUGAAGGGGUAGCACAAGGAGGUGGUCACCGGACACUUUUAUAUGGACAUGCAAUUCUCCUUAGGCAUUCAUUUAGUAGAAUGUAUUUAACUUGUUUGACUACAUCGAGAUCCCAGACAGAUAAACUUGCCUUUGAUGUGGGACUACGGGAACAUGCCACAGGGGAAGCAUGCUGGUGGACCAUACACCCUGCGUCCAAACAGAGAUCAGAAGGAGAGAAGGUGCGAAUCGGUGAUGACCUCAUCCUUGUCAGCGUGUCUUCGGAAAGAUAUCUUCAUCUCUCCAUAUCGAAUGGCAACAUACAAGUGGAUGCCUCUUUUAUGCAAACACUCUGGAAUGUACAUCCUACAUGCUCAGGAAGUAGCAUCGAAGAAGGAUACCUACUUGGUGGGCAUGUAGUACGUUUUUUCCAUGGCCAUGAUGAGUGUUUGACAACCCAGUCUACAGACCAGAAUGAUUCCCAGCACAGGAGGAUAUUCUAUGAAACUGGUGGAGCUGGGAGCAGAGCCAGGUCAUUGUGGAGAGUGGAACCCCUUCGCAUAAGCUGGAGUGGCAGUAACAUAAGGUGGGGUCAGGCCUUCCGACUUAGGCACAUUACCACUGGCCAGUACCUGGCUCUGACAGAAGAUCAAGGCCUUAUCUUGCAAGAGAGGGGGAAAUCAGACACCAAGUCCACAGCCUUCUGUUUCCGGGCAUCAAAGGAAAUCAAGGAAAAAUUGGAUUCAAGUCAUAAGCGGGAUAUCGAAGGCAUGGGAAUUGCAGAAAUAAAGUAUGGAGAUUCCAUAUGUUUUGUCCAACAUAUAGCUAGUGGUCUAUGGAUGACUUACAAAGCACAAGAUGCCAAAACAUCACGCCUUGGACCCCUGAAAAGGAAGGUUAUACUCCAUCAAGAAGGCCACAUGGAUGAUGGCUUAACACUUCAGAGAUGUCAGCAUGAAGAAUCUCAGGCUGCUCGGAUCAUCCGCAACACAACCUCCUUAUUUAGCCAGUUUACAAGUGGAAACAACCGAACUGCUGCACCCAUCACUCUGCCAAUAGAAGAAGUCCUUCAGACCUUGAAAGAUCUGAUCACCUAUUUUCAGCCUCCAGAGGAAGAGAUGCAGCAUGAAGAUAAGCAAAACAAGCUCCGGUCACUCAAAAAUAGGCAAAAUCUGUUUAAAGAAGAGGGAAUGUUGGCUCUUGUCUUAAAUUGCAUUGAUCGUUUAAAUAUCUAUAACAGUGUAGCACAUUUUACUGGAUUUGCAAGGGAAGAAAGUGGCACUGCUUGGAAAGAAAUUCUGAACCUCCUCUACCAAUUACUAGCUGCUCUCAUUCGUGGUAACAGAAAUAACUGUGCUCAGUUCUCCAAUAACCUUGAUUGGUUGAUUAGUAAAUUGGACAGACUGGAAUCUUCCUCAGGUGUCAAGGUUCUUGAUGUACUUUGCUCUCUCUGUCUCUGUAAUGGGGUCGCAGUAAGAGCUAACCAGAACCUAAUCUGUGACAACCUGCUGCCCCGAAGAGACUUGCUUCUACAGACCCGGCUGAUUAAUGAUGUGACAAGCAUCCGGCCAAAUAUUUUCCUGGGUGUUGCUGAAGGCUCAGCUCAGUACAGGAGAUGGUACUUUGAGCUUAUAAUAGAUCAAGUAGAUCCCUUCAUAACAGCAGAACCCACACACCUCCGGGUAGGCUGGGCUUCUUCACCAGGCUAUGCCCCCUACCCUGGUGGUGGAGAAGGUUGGGGAGGCAACGGUGUUGGUGAUGACCUAUACUCCUAUGGCUUUGAUGGGCUUCACCUGUGGUCUGGCCGAAUUCCAAGAGCAGUGGCUUCUGUCAACCAACAUUUGUUAAAGUCGGAUGAUGUGGUGAGCUGCUGCCUUGACCUUGGUGUGCCCAGCAUCUCAUUCCGAAUCAAUGGGCAGCCUGUGCAGGGAAUGUUUGAGAACUUCAACACUGAUGGUCUCUUCUUCCCUGUGGUGAGCUUUUCAGCAGGCAUCAAAGUGCGCUUCCUUUUGGGUGGACGUCAUGGGGAAUUUAAGUUUUUGCCUCCCUCUGGAUAUGCUCCCUGCUAUGAAGCCUUGCUUCCAAAAGAGAAGAUGAUAUUGGAGCCUGUCAAAGAAUAUAAGCGUGAUACUGAAGGAAUUAGGGAUUUGUUGGGCACCACACGGUUUCUUUCUCAAGCUUCUUUCAUCCCAUGCCCUAUAGACACCAGUCAGAUUGUUUUGCCUCCCCAUCUAGAAAAAAUUCGAGACAGACUGGCUGAAAACAUUCAUGAACUAUGGGGAAUGAAUAAAAUAGAGCUAGGAUGGACCUUUGGCAAGAUUCGAGAUGACAACAAAAGGCAACACCCCUGUCUUGUGGAAUUCUCGAAGCUACCUGAAACUGAGAAGAAUUAUAACCUGCAAAUGUCAACAGAAACUUUAAAAACCCUUCUAGCCCUGGGAUGUCAUAUUGUUCAUAUUAAUUUGGCUGCUGAGGAAGACCUGAAGAAAGUAAAACUUCCCAAAAACUACAUGAUGUCAAAUGGCUAUAAGCCUUCCCCUUUGGAUCUGUCUGAUGUGAAGCUGUUACCUCCUCAAGAAAUUUUAGUUGAUAAACUUGCAGAGAAUGCGCAUAAUGUUUGGGCAAAAGACAGAAUAAAGCAAGGAUGGACCUAUGGCAUCCAACAGGAUCUGAAGAACAAAAGGAAUCCUCGUUUGGUGCCAUAUGCAUUACUAGAUGAACGUACAAAGAAGUCAAACAGAGACAGUCUCCGUGAAGCAGUUCGAACAUUUAUUGGUUAUGGGUAUAAUGUUGAACCUUCAGACCAAGAAUUAGCUGACCAAACUAUGGAAAAAGUUAGUGUGGACAAGAUCCGAUUUUUCCGAGUGGAACAGUCUUAUGCAGUGAAAUCUGGAAAGUGGUAUUUUGAAUUUGAGGUGGUGACAGGAGGAGAUAUGCGUGUUGGCUGGGCCAGGCCAGGCUGUCGGCCAGAUAUUGAACUAGGGGCAGAUAAUCAAGCUUUUGUAUUUGAAGGCAGCAAGGGCCAACGCUGGCAUCAGGGGAGUGGAUAUUUUGGGCGCAACUGGCAAUCAGGAGAUGUGGUUGGCUGUAUGAUUAACUUGGAUGAUGCAUCAAUGAUCUUCACUCUGAAUGGGGAGCUACUGAUUACCAACAAAGGUUCAGAACUUGCCUUUGCUGACUAUGAGAUUGAGAAUGGUUUUGUCCCCAUAUGCUCACUGGGUUUGUCUCAGAUUGGCCGCAUGAACCUUGGAAUGGAUGCCAGUACCUUCAAAUAUUAUACCAUGUGUGGCCUCCAAGAGGGCUUUGAGCCUUUCGCUGUCAACAUGAACCGAGAUGUUGCUAUGUGGUUCAGCAAACGUCUCCCUACAUUUGUCAAUGUGCCAAAGGAUCACACUCAUAUAGAGAUCACAAGAAUUGAUGGUACAAUGGAUACACCACCAUGCCUCAAGGUCACCCACAAGACAUUUGGCACACAGAACAGCAGUGCUGACAUGAUCUAUUGUCGCCUGAGCAUGCCUGUAGAAUGUUAUUCCUCCUUUCACCACACCACUGGCUUGGAAAGUGAUAUUUUUCAGAAAAGGAAACAGAUGCAAGAAAUAGUUUCUCAUACAACACAGUGCUAUUAUUCUGUGCGUAUAUUUGCUGGUCAGGACCCUUCCUAUACUUGGGUUGGAUGGGUGACACCAGACUACCACUUAUACAGUGAGAAGUUUGACUUGAAUAAAAACUGCACAGUGACCGUGACUCUUGGUGAUGAAAGAGGCCGGGUCCAUGAAAGUUUUCAGUACAUAACAUAUGCUGUAUUCAUGAUGUGUGAACUUCUCAACUAUUUCUGUGACUGUGAACUACAGCACAGAGUAGAAGCUAUUGUUGCUUUUGGUGACAUUUAUGUGUCCAAGCUUCAGGCAAACCAGAAAUUCCGCUACAAUGAGCUUAUGCAGGCCCUAAACAUGUCAGCAGCCCUGACUGCCAAAAAGACGAGGGAGUUCAGAUCUCCUCCACAAGAACAGAUUAAUAUGCUGCUAAAUUUUCAAUUGGGAGAGAAUUGCCCCUGUCCAGAGGAGAUCCGAGAAGAACUAUAUGAUUUUCAUGAUGAUCUUCUUAUUCACUGUGGAAUUCCAUUGGAAGAGGAGGAAGAAGAAGAAGAAGACAUUUCAUGGACAGGCAAACUAAGGGCACUGAUAUAUAAAAUUAAAGGACCACCAAAGCCAGAGAAGGAACAGCCAAUGGAGGAGGAAGAACAGUGCCCAACAACUCUGAAGGAACUUAUUUCUCAGACUAUGGUGUGUUGGGCUCAAGAAGACCAAAUCCAGAAUCCAGAGCUUGUUCGGAUAAUGUUCAAUCUUCUCCGUCGCCAAUAUGACAGUAUUGGAGAGCUUCUACAAGCCAUGAGGAAGACUUAUACAAUUAGCCAUGCUUCUGUAGAAGAUACUAUUAACCUACUAGCUGCCUUGGGCCAGAUUCGCUCCCUCCUCAGUGUAAGAAUGGGGAAGGAAGAAGAGUUGCUUAUGAUUAAUGGACUAGGGGAUAUAAUGAAUAACAAAGUUUUUUACCAGCAUCCCAACCUCAUGAGAGUCCUGGGCAUGCAUGAGACUGUUAUGGAGGUGAUGGUGAAUGUUCUUGGAGGAGAAAAAUCUCAGAUUGCUUUUCCAAAGAUGGUUGCUAGUUGUUGCCGAUUCCUUUGCUAUUUUUGUCGAAUCAGCAGACAAAAUCAAAAAGCCAUGUUUGAGCAUCUAAGCUACCUACUUGAAAAUAGCAGUGUUGGCCUAGCCUCACCAGCAAUGAGGGGUUCUACCCCACUUGAUGUGGCAGCUUCAUCAGUCAUGGACAACAAUGAGCUAGCACUGGGCUUGGAGGAGCCAGACCUUGAAAAGGUGGUGACUUACUUGGCAGGCUGUGGUCUGCAGAGCUGCCCCAUGCUUUUGGCCAGGGGAUAUCCUGACAUUGGCUGGAACCCUAUUGAAGGGGAGCGUUACUUGUCCUUCCUACGGUUUGCUGUCUUUGUGAACAGUGAAAGUGUGGAAGAAAAUGCUAGUGUUGUUGUCAAGCUUCUUAUAAGACGUCCAGAGUGCUUUGGACCGGCUCUGAGGGGUGAAGGAGGAAAUGGUCUUUUGGCAGCCAUGCAAGGAGCUAUUAAGAUCUCUGAGAACCCAGCCCUUGAUCUUCCUUCUCAGGGAUAUAAAAGAGAAAUCAAUUCAGAAGAAGAUGACAGUGAAGAGGAGAUUGUACAUAUGGGCAAUUCAAUCAUGUCAUUUUAUUCAGCUCUUAUAGACCUGCUGGGUCGCUGUGCACCUGAAAUGCAUCUUAUCCAAACAGGAAAAGGGGAAGCCAUUCGAAUCAGGUCAAUCCUUCGCUCCCUGGUCCCUACAGAAGAUUUGGUUGGGAUUAUCAGUAUUGCUUUGAAACUGCCCACACUUAACAAAGAUGGGUCAGUGAAUGAGCCAGAUAUGGCUGCCAACUUUUGUCCUGAUCACAAAGCACCCAUGGUGCUGUUCUUGGACCGUGUAUAUGGUAUUGAGGACCAAACUUUCCUCCUUCACCUGUUGGAGGUUGGAUUUUUGCCUGAUUUAAGAGCAUCAGCCUCUCUGGACACAGUUUCUCUGAGUACCACAGAGGCAGCUCUUGCACUGAAUAGAUAUUUGUGUUCUGCUGUGCUCCCACUCCUCACAAGACAUGCUCCUUUGUUUGCUGGAACAGAGCAUUAUACCUCUCUGAUUGAUUCCACACUUCAAACCAUCUAUAGACUCUCCAAGGGACGCUCCCUCACCAAAGCACAAAGAGAUACCAUAGAAGAAUGCCUACUUGCUAUCUGCAAUCACUUACGCCCUUCCAUGUUACAACAACUCCUGCGCCGUCUUGUUUUUGAUGUACCACUCCUCAAUGAAUACUGUAAAAUGCCACUUAAGCUUUUGACAAAUCAUUAUGAACAGUGCUGGAAGUAUUACUGCCUUCCUUCAGGAUGGGGAGCCUAUGGCUUGGCAGUGGAAGAAGAGUUACACUUGACAGAGAAGCUCUUCUGGGGGAUUUUUGACUCUCUCUCUCAUAAGAAAUAUGAUACAGAACUCUUCCGAAUGGCCUUACCUUGCCUCAGUGCUAUAGCUGGGGCCUUGCCACCAGAUUAUUUAGACACCAGAAUCACAGCCACAUUGGAAAAGCAGACCUCAGUGGAUGCAGAAGGAAACUUUGACCCCAAACCUAUCAAUACCAUCAACUUUUCUCUUCCUGAAAAACUGGAAUAUGUGGUCACCAAGUAUGCUGAGCAUUCACAUGACAAAUGGGCCUGUGACAAGAGUCAGAAUGGAUGGAAAUAUGGUAUCUCUCUGGAUGAAAAUGUGAAGACACAUCCAUUAAUAAGACCUUUUAAAACAUUAACUGAAAAGGAAAAGGAAAUUUAUCGCUGGCCUGCCAGAGAGUCUCUGAAAACCAUGCUAGCAGUGGGUUGGACAGUAGAGAGAACCAGAGAAAGUGAAGCCAUCAUACAACAGCGAGAAAAUGAGAAGCUUCGCAGCAUUUCCCAAACCAGCCAAGGCAACAGCUACAAUCCAGCUCCACUUGACCUCUCAAAUGUUGUGCUUUCUAGAGAAGUCCAGGGAAUGGUGGAGGUUGUGGCUGAGAAUUAUCAUAAUAUCUGGGCCAAAAAGAAAAAGAUGGAACUGGAAAGCAAAGGUGGAGGUAGUCACCCUCUCUUAGUACCAUAUGACACCUUAACAGCCAAGGAAAAGUUCAGGGACCGAGAAAAAUCCCAGGAACUAUUUAAAUUCCUCCAAGUGAAUGGUAUUGUUGUAUCUAGGGAUCUGAAGGAUAUGGAAUUGGAUACUUCCUCGAUGGAAAAGAGGUUUGCCUAUAAAUUUUUGAAGAAGAUUCUAAAAUAUGUUGACUCUGCUCAAGAGUUUAUCGCCCAUUUGGAAGCCAUUGUUAGUAGUGGGAAAACAGAAAAGUCUCCCCAUGACCAAGAGAUUAAAUUCUUUGCCAAAGUUCUCCUUCCCUUGGUUGACCAGUACUUCACCAAUCACUGCCUCUACUUUCUUUCAUCCCCACUAAAGCCACUCAGUAGCAGUGGAUAUGCCUCUAAUAAAGAGAAAGAAAUGGUGGCCAGCCUAUUCUGCAAACUUGCUGCUCUUGUUAGACAUAGGAUUUCCCUCUUUGGAAGUGACUCUACUACAAUGGUGAGCUGUCUACACAUCCUAGCUCAGACACUUGACACAAGAACAGUAAUGAAAUCAGGAUCAGAGCUUGUAAAGGCUGGGUUGCGUGCAUUCUUUGAAAGUGCUGCAGAAGAUUUGGAGAAGACUUCAGAAAACCUAAAGCUUGGGAAGUUCACACAUUCCCGAACACAGAUUAAAGGUGUCUCUCAAAAUAUCAAUUACACCACAGUGGCUCUCUUACCCAUAUUGACUUCCAUCUAUGAGCAUGUUGCUCAGCAUCAGUUUGGAGUGGAUUUACUCUUGAGUGAUGUGCAGAUUUCAUGCUACCACAUUCUGUGCAGCCUCUACUCCCUUGGGACAGGAAAGAACAUCUAUGUGGAAAGGCAACGUCCAGCACUUGGAGAAUGUCUUGCUUCCCUGGCAGCUGCUAUGCCAGUGGCAUUCUUGGAGCCCUCCCUCAACUGCUACAACUCGCUCUCAGUCUUCAACACCAAAACCCCCAGAGAGAGGUCUAUUCUAGGGAUGCCUGAUACAGUAGAAGAGAUGUGCCCGGAUAUUCCCCAGCUUGAGGGACUGAUGAAAGAAAUCUAUGAUCUGGCUGAAUCAGGAGCCAGGUAUACAGAGAUGCCUCAUGUCAUUGAAGUGAUCUUACCUAUGCUCUGUAAUUAUCUGUCUUACUGGUGGGAACGAGGGCCUGAGAAUCUACCCCCCAGUGCAGGACCCUGCUGUACCCUGGUUACCUCUGAACACCUCAGCAUCAUUCUUGGAAAUAUCCUGAAAAUAAUCAACAACAACCUAGGCAUCGAUGAGGCCUCCUGGAUGAAGCGCAUUGCAGUAUAUGCCCAGCCUAUCAUAAGCAAAGCCAGAUCUGACCUACUUAAAAGUCACUUCAUCCCAACUCUGGAAAAACUGAAGAAGAAAGCAGUGAAGAUUGUAUUAGAAGAGGAACAACUUAAAGCAGACAGCAAAGGUGAUACCCAAGAAGCUGAACUCCUCAUUCUGGAUGAGUUUGCUGUCCUCUGCAGGGACCUCUAUGCAUUCUAUCCUAUGUUAAUCCGUUAUGUUGAUAAUAACAGAUCCAACUGGCUAAAAAACCCAGAUACUGAUUCUGAUGAGCUCUUCCGAAUGGUGGCUGAAGUUUUUAUCCUUUGGUGUAAAUCACAUAACUUCAAGCGGGAAGAGCAAAAUUUUGUGAUUCAGAAUGAAAUUAACAAUCUGGCAUUUUUAACUGGAGAUAGCAAGAGCAAGAUGUCAAAACAGCUUCCUCGGAGGGGAAUGGCCAUGCAAGUAAAGUCUGGAGGGCAAGACCAAGAAAGGAAGAAGACAAAACGGAGAGGCGAUUUGUAUUCCAUCCAGACAUCUCUCAUUGUGGCUGCAUUGAAGAAAAUGCUGCCCAUUGGCUUAAAUAUGUGUACUCCAGGUGAUCAGGAGCUGAUCUCUCUGGCAAAAAUAAGAUAUGGUUAUAGGGACACAGAUGAAGAGGUUAAAGAUCAUCUGAGGAAUAACCUGCACUUGCAGGAAAAGUCUGAUGAUCCAGCUGUAAAGUGGCAACUUAACCUAUACAAAGAUGUUCUAAAGACUGAGGAGCCCUGUGAUCCAGAAAAGACAGUGGAGCGAGUACAAAGGAUCUCAGCAGCUGUCUUCCAUUUGGAGCAGGUGGAGCAACCACUUAGAUCCAAGAAGGCUGUCUGGCACAAACUCUUAUCCAAGCAACGUAAACGGGCAGUAGUAGCCUGCUUCAGGAUGGCACCCCUGUAUAAUCUCCCCAGACACAAAAUUAAUAAUUUCUUCCUGAGCACCUUCCAACGGGUUUGGCUGGAAAAUGUUUAUGAAAAAACUCAGUAUGACAGGCUUAUACUCAUGUUAACGAAACCUCCAAAGGUGGAGGAAGAAGAAGAGGAAGAAGCUGAAAAGCAGCCAGAUCCACUUCAUCAGAUAAUACUCCAUUUUAGUCGGAAUGCUCUUACAGAGAGAAGCCAUUUGGAGGAUGAUCCUCUUUAUACUGCCUAUUCAGGCAUGAUGGCCAAGAGUUGUCAGAGUGGUGAAGAAGAGGAAGAGGAAGAAAAGGAAAAGACAUUUGAAGAAAAAGAGAUGGAGAAACAGAAAACUCUUUAUCAGCAAGCUCGCUUGCAUGACCGUGGUGCUGCAGAGAUGGUCCUCCAGAUGAUUAGUGCCAGUAAAGGUGAAAUGGGACCCAUGGUUGUAGAGACUCUGAAGCUAGGCAUUGCUAUUCUGAAUGGGGGCAACCCUGGAGUGCAGCAGAAAAUGCUGGACUACCUGAAGGAGAAAAAGGAUGCUGGGUUCUUUCAAAGCCUCUCUGGCCUUAUGCAGUCUUGCAGUGUUCUUGACCUGAAUGCAUUUGAGCGACAGAACAAAGCUGAAGGCCUUGGAAUGGUAACAGAAGAAGGAACACUCAUCGUUCGAGAACGUGGUGAAAAGGUACUCCAGAAUCAUGAGUUUACCUGUGAUCUCUUCAGAUUUCUCCAGCUGCUUUGUGAAGGUCAUAACAGUGACUUUCAGAACUUCCUUCGUACUCAAAUGGGCAACACCACCACAGUGAAUAUCAUCAUCAGCACUGUUGACUACCUCCUACGUCUUCAGGAAUCAAUCAGUGACUUCUAUUGGUACUAUUCAGGGAAGGACAUCAUUGAUGAAUCUGGACAGCGAAACUUCUCCAAAGCUUUAGCUGUGACCAAACAAAUUUUUAAUUCCCUUACAGAGUACAUACAGGGCCCUUGCAUUGGAAACCAACAAAGCCUGGCUCAUAGCAGAUUGUGGGAUGCAGUUGUUGGGUUUCUCCAUGUGUUUGCUAACAUGCAGAUGAAACUCUCUCAGGAUUCCAGUCAGAUCGAGUUGCUGAAGGAACUCUUAGAUCUCUUACAGGACAUGGUGGUGAUGCUACUAUCCCUCCUCGAAGGGAAUGUUGUAAAUGGAACUAUUGGCAAGCAGAUGGUUGAUACCCUUGUGGAGUCAUCUACCAAUGUAGAAAUGAUCUUGAAGUUCUUUGAUAUGUUCCUCAAACUGAAGGACUUGACCAACUCAGAUGCCUUCAAAGAAUAUGACCCAGAUGGGAAAGGGAUUAUCUCCAAGAAAGAAUUUCAGAAAGCCAUGGAAGGACAGAAACAAUAUCCCCAGUCAGAGAUUGAGUUCCUUCUCUCCUGUGCAGAGGCUGAUGAGAAUGACAUGUUUAAUUACGUAGAUUUUGUGGACAGGUUCCAUGAGCCAGCCAAGGACAUUGGUUUUAAUGUGGCUGUGUUGCUAACCAAUCUUUCAGAACAUAUGCCAAAUGAUUCCCGUCUACAGUGUUUGCUGGACCCCGCUGAAAGUGUCCUGAAUUACUUUGAACCGUAUCUGGGGCGCAUUGAGAUAAUGGGUGGAGCCAAGAAAAUUGAACGUGUUUACUUUGAGAUCAGUGAGUCCAGUCGAACACAAUGGGAGAAACCCCAGGUUAAAGAGUCCAAACGACAGUUUAUCUUUGAUGUUGUCAAUGAAGGUGGGGAACAGGAAAAGAUGGAACUGUUUGUAAACUUCUGUGAAGAUACAAUCUUUGAAAUGCAGCUGGCAUCCCAAAUCUCUGAAUCUGACUCAGCUGAAAGACCCGAAGAGGAAGAAGAUGAAGAAGAAUUUUCCUGUGUAGUAGAAGCUGAGGAAGAUGAAGAAGAAAACAAAUCACUGGAGUCUGCUUCUGCAUUUGCUACAGCCUGUGUCUCAGUAAAGAAAAAUGUGGCAAGUUUUCUGAAAAUGGUCAGUCUGAGAAACCUCAGGAAGCAGUAUAGGAAGGUGAAGAAAAUGACUGUCAAAGAACUGGUUAAAGUGUUUUUCUCAUUUUUCUGGAUGUUUUUUGUGGGAUUGUUCCAGUUGUUCUUUACUGUUGUAUGGGGAAUCUUUCAGAUUCUCUGGAAUACUGUGUUUGGGGGUGGGUUGGUAGAAGGAGCAAAGAACAUCAGAGUAACUAAGAUCCUUGGUGACAUGCCCGACCCUACACAGUUUGGCAUCCAUGAUGAUGUGAUAGAAGCAGAGAGGGCAGAAGUGACUGAGCAGAACGUCACAGCUGAACUAGUGCACUUUGUAAAGGGUGAGAAAGGAGAGGCAGACAUCAUGUCAGAUCUCUUCGGGCUCCACCCAAAGAAGGAGGGAAGCACAAAGCAUGGUCCUGACCCUGGCCUUGGGGAUCUCUCUGAGAUUAUUGGAAAUGAUGGGCCUCUCACACUAGAGAGCACAGUUCAGAAGAAAAGGAAAGCACAGGCAGCAGAAAUGAAAAGAGAAAGUGAAAGAGAAGGAAAAGUGGAAUCUGAGAAGGCAGAUAUGGAAGAUGGGGAAAAGCAGGACAAAAUCAAGGAGGAGGAGCAACAAGAAGAAAACCUGGCUGGUGAGAGAACCAAGAAGAAGCGCCGCCAUGGCCAAAGGGAGGAGAGGCCUGAAGCAUUCAUGGCCAAUUUCUUCAAAGGCCUAGAAAUCUAUCAGACCAAAAUGUUGCAUUACCUAGCCAGGAAUUUCUACAACCUGAGAUUCCUUGCACUGUUCGUGGCCUUUGCCAUCAACUUCAUCCUGCUCUUCUAUAAGGUAACUGAGGAGCCCUUUGAGGAUGAUGCAGAGAACUCCAAUCUGUGGACUCCCUUCAAAGAAGAGGAGGAAGAAGAAGAAGGGAUGGUGUUCUUUGUCCUGCAGGAGAGCACUGGGUACAUGGCGCCAACACUGAGGGCUCUGGCUAUCAUCCACACGAUCAUCUCCUUUGUGUGUGUUGUGGGCUAUUACUGCUUAAAGGUUCCUUUGGUGGUGUUCAAAAGGGAAAAAGAAAUAGCCAGGAAGUUGGAGUUUGAUGGUUUGUAUAUCACUGGGCAGCCUUCAGAAGAUGACAUCAAGGGGCAAUGGGAUCGCCUAGUCAUCAAUACACUGUCUUUUCCUAGCAACUACUGGGACAAGUUUGUAAAGAGAAAGGUGAUCAACAAGUAUGGUGACCUUUAUGGAGCAGAGCGUAUUGCUGAACUUCUGGGUUUGGAUAAAAAUGCCCUUGACUUUAGCCCAGUUGAACAGACAGAACCAGAGGAGGCUUCCCUUGUGUCAUGGCUGAGCUCUAUCGAUAUGAAGUACCAUAUCUGGAAGCUGGGAGUUGUUUUUACCGACAAUUCCUUCUUAUACCUGGCUUGGUAUACAACCAUGUCUAUCCUUGGUCACUACAACAACUUCUUCUUUGCUGCCCACUUACUGGACAUUGCAAUGGGUUUCAAGACACUGAGGACAAUUUUAUCUUCUGUAACUCACAAUGGCAAACAGCUGGUACUAACUGUGGGACUCCUGGCUGUAGUUGUUUAUCUCUACACCGUGGUGGCUUUCAACUUCUUUCGAAAGUUCUACAACAAGAGUGAAGAUGAAGAUGAACCAGAUAUGAAAUGUGAUGACAUGAUGACGUGUUAUCUGUUCCACAUGUACGUGGGCGUAAGAGCUGGAGGUGGUAUUGGAGACGAAAUCGAAGACCCUGCCGGGGACCCCUAUGAAAUGUACCGGAUCGUCUUUGACAUCACAUUCUUCUUCUUUGUCAUUGUCAUCCUACUGGCCAUCAUUCAAGGUCUGAUCAUUGAUGCCUUUGGAGAACUGAGAGACCAGCAAGAACAAGUGAGAGAAGACAUGGAGACUAAAUGUUUCAUCUGUGGAAUUGGCAAUGACUACUUUGAUACAACACCCCAUGGUUUUGAAACACAUACAUUACAAGAGCACAAUCUAGCCAACUACUUGUUCUUUCUGAUGUAUCUGAUUAAUAAAGAUGAAACAGAACACACAGGUCAGGAAUCUUAUGUCUGGAAGAUGUACCAAGAAAGAUGUUGGGAUUUCUUUCCAGCCGGUGACUGUUUUCGUAAACAAUAUGAAGAUCAGCUUGGAUGACACCAUAAUAAAAUAAAAGGAGGUGCUAUGUAAUCAGCCAGCUCUCUACAAAAGGAAUUCUGUGCCACAUCUGUGCAUAGUACUUCAGCGACAGUCAUGUUUGAAAAAUACUUUUUACUAAGAAUCUGUCCUAAAAUCUAAGUCUGUGACUCCUGAAAUUGAGUAGGCUUUUUGUGCCUAACAAAUCCAUGCUGUGUAACUUAGAUCUUCUAUAUGAUUCAGGAGAGAAGCUGUGUCCAAAACUUAAUUAACUUUCCAAUUGUAAACAGAGAAGCUACUGGCAUGGUUUUGAAUUACAUCAUUCUUUAUGAGUUUGGAAACAGUCAAAAGGGCUAAAGAAGUUUUUUUGUCCCAGAUGCACAAUAUCUGAAACUUUAAAAGAACUUGAAUGUCAAGUGACAAUGUCUCCAUUUGUAACUCAUGUUCUGAACUUAAAAAAUGUUUUAACUAAAGUCAAAUUUUCCCAUGGUACUUGCUAGUGAAUGUAUCCAGAUACAGCUUGAAAAGCUUUAAGCAGUUAAAGAAAUAGAGAAAACUCAACACUUUAUCGACACUGAAAUAUCGAUUAAGUGCCUUAAAACUUCUGUAGACAUAGCUAUGCAAGUUUUUUAUGUUAGUGUUUUAGAUAGAAAGUUUAAUUAGUUGUGCUGCUCUUCUAUUUUAAUGUAUGAAACUGCACUUGAAGGUUAUCCAUUCUGUAUGAUUCUUUCAAUAGCAGCUAGACAGUAGCUGUUAUUAGAAGAAAUGUACUGUAUCAGAAACAGGAAAUCUAAAUCUUAUGCCAAAAUUGAACAAUGCUUCAUGGUUCUUUAUAAGUAGUGAAUUUUUGCUACAUCUAGGCAUUUCUCCUGAAAUAAAAACGAAGUGCCCCCUGCAAUAAAACAUUACAAACCAAAGCCCAGUAU